AUGUCUACCUUGGCGUCACAGUUGAAGUCGAUCAAUGAAAAGACUUCGUCUGUUGCAUUGAAUAGACAACAAAGGUCGAAACUACACUCACGUUCAUUAAUUUUCGACCCCAAAGUUGCCGCAACCCAGGAUUUUGAAUACAUUCAUCAAAUUGCCAGUGAUGGGCUUGAAGAGUUGUGUGAAUUGGACACAAGAUUUGUCAAAUUCAAGACCUCCUUGUUUGCAGAAGAUUCUGUGAAUUUUGAUAGAAAUGUGCAAACUGAGGACAUAAAUCAACAAGUCGAUGCAAACAUCAAUGCAUUCUUUACCCUAUUGGGUCCUUAUUACAACUUUACUGCUGCACUCACGGCAAGUGAAUGGUUAAUUAGAAGGUUUCAGGCUAAUAUUCACAAUGCGGAGUAUUUGAUAUUGUCAGCAUUAUCAUAUUACCAACAGCCAGUGUUUGUGAAAGUGUUGAAUGUUAUUCCAAAACAAAACAUCCCAAAGAUCUUUGAAUGGCUUAGCAAUUUUAAAGAGCAGUUGAGAAGCCCCACAUUGCAGUCUGUGUUUCGAGCCUUUUACAAUGAUGACGCGCUAUUUAAAUUUUAUUCGUCAUUCUUGAAUAACCUGAUUAAGAACCACACCGUUUACAAAGAUCAAUUGGUUUUUUACUUAUCUGUUGCAAUCCAAAUACUUGCAUCGUUAUCAAAGAACUUGGACAAAUUGAAUGAUUACCUCAUUCCGGUCGUUUUAGAAACCGUUGAUCUGUUGCUUAAUCACGACGGUAAAGGAUCACACAUCCAACAUUCAGACUUGAAGCUCACCGCUUUUUCAUUGUUGUCAGUCAUCUCAUCCAUUGUUUCCUUAAACUCUGAUGUUAUAAAUUCUUUAACAGUGGCCAUUUGCAAGGACAAGGAAUGUUUUUCGCAUAGUUUGCUCAAACCUACAUUGACAUUAUUGGUUCAAUUAUGGAAUGCAAACAAGGACUUGGUUGUGAAUAAAGACGUUUUUAUCCAUUUAGAGUUGGGCAACCAAGUUGUUAGUGUUUUGAACGAUUUGAAGUUGGCAAAGUUUAAGGUGGGAAGAUUUGCCGCGUGUUACUUUGUUUCAACCGUUCCCGCAAACAAGUCUGUACAAUUGCUUGAGCUUAUCAAUUUCGACAACUCGGAUAUAUCCAAUUUUGUCACUGAAAAAGUAAUUGAUUUUAUUGCUUCAAACACAGCUUUAAGCGAAGAUGAGAGGUUAGCACUUGUUGAAAUUGUGAAACUCAUGCUCAAAAAGACCGAGACACAAUUUAAUGAGCUUCUCGCAAAACGUAAUUUACAGUUGAGUGAUUUGGAACUCAGAUUGCAAACAACUAUUGGUGAUGCAGUCGUUGAAGAAAUUGAUGAAGUUAUCGAGGAAGACAAUGGUGAGUUCAAUGAAGAGGAGGUGGAAGUUUUCGAUUUCGCCUUGGUCAAAGCCAAUGCGAAUACGUACUUGAACUCAGCAAAUGACUCUGAGUUUGAAUCUAUUUUGUCCUCACUUUUAAAGUUGUGCUCAUCAAUCGAAAUAUCAUCUCAAAAGUCGGCGAUAUCAAAGUUUUGUUACAAAGUGUUCAAAUCAUCUGAGGUUGCGAUAUCGUUUUUACUUCGUGCAUCCUUCACGCCAUCUGUUCCACCAAGUAUUAGAAUCAGCUCUCUCAGAACAAUUGUUUUGAAAAUCAAGGAGUCAUCAAACGGUAAAACAGAUUUUUACUUAUUGGUUCCCUUACUUCUACUGGGACUCUAUUCCGAGUCCAAGAGUGAGCGAAUGGCAAUUUCCCAAGUUAUUAGGACAAUCUCAUCAAUCUCAAACGACAUACACUCCAGUAAGAAAAAAGUCAAGACAACAUUAUUUAUGGAAGACUCAAUUUACACCUCGGCAGAGGAAAAGAAAAUGGUCUCACCACAAGAUGCUUUAGUCUUGCUUGACUAUUUAACGGAAGGAAACAAGUUGGAUGACGCAGCUUUCGACUCAUCCAAAGUUGUCCACUUGGUUAGCUCAAGCUUUCAAGUUAAACAAGGGAAAAAGAGCUUGGGUGCGGUUUUCAAGACUUUCACUCUAUCGCAAUGGGCACUUGCUCAUUUACCCGUUGUAUUCAAGAAGAGAGUUUGGCUGAUUGUAAGUCAAUUGAAUAAGCAAGGGGGAGAUGAAAGAUUGUUCUUUUGGAGUAGCGAUGUCUCCUCCUAUGUGGAAAACAGACCCAAUAGGCAAUUACAGGCAAAAAGUGCCGGAAUUGAAAACUUUAUCACCAUCGAUGAAGCCUUGGUCGGUUUGGUGGGUGGAAAGAAAAUCUCAAGCGAGACAUCUACAAGAGAAUCAGAGUGGUUGGUCAAGGGCUUGGACCCUAGUUCCGGUGUUCUGGAAGUUGUUGAGCAACGUGUAAAGGUUGUAUUCCAACUCUUUUCAACAGAGGCACAACUACAAAUUGUCAACAAAUUGAUCGAACUAUUGGUGAAUAACGAAUUUGUUUCGUUUGAUCCAAUGACAACCUUACAAGAGCUCCAUUUAAGCUCAACCAUAUUCUUGCAAGCUUUGGGGAAUAUUCAAAUUGGGAAUGACACACCCGAGCAAGUCGUUGUUAAACGUAGAAGAAGAUCAUCCAACUCAUCCAAACAAGCAAUGGCAAAAGAUGACGUGACUAGCUUGGCAGCGUUACAUGUCAGAAAAUUAGCUAUUUUGUUGGAGGUUUUGGAGACGAAUUUAAGAAAGGACACCACAUUUUAUGAUCCCAAAUUGUUGAAAGUUUUGUUCAAUAUCUUGACCGAUUUGGAUUAUUUGGGUAAUGACGGAAAUUUGCCUGUCUUGUAUACCCAAGAACUUUUGGCCACAUGUGUGCUCUUGGACAUAACCAACAUGAAAAAUAACAAUACCGAUCUCAAGCUCGACUCCAAUUCAAUCAGAGCUGAUUUGAUUGUCAACUCUAUUAGAAAUUCGAGCUCACCACAAGUGCAAAACAGAUUAUUGUUGGUUGUUUCGGAGUUGGCAGCAUUGGCACCGGAAAUCAUAUUGCAUUCAGUGAUGCCAAUAUUUACUUUUAUGGGAGCUCACACAAUUCGACAAGAUGAUGAAUUUUCCAACAAUGCUUUGCAGCAAACUGUUGCCAAAGUUAUUCCCGCAUUGACGGCAAACUCGUCGGGAUCUGUUGGCUCUGAAAUUGAGUUUUUAUUGACAAGUUUCAGUGCUGCAUUUGGUCACAUCCCUACUCAUCGUAGAGUCAAACUUUUUGUGGCAUUGACUCAAACUCUAGGGUGCUCAAACUCAAUGCACAUUAUUUUAUUGUUAUUGGGCCAGCAGUAUGUCGAACUCGUUCAAAAGAAGAAAAUGAAUGACGCCGAAGCCAUUGUUGAAUUCGUUGAAAGUUACUUAAAGUCAUUCUCGGCCCAUGACCAAUUGGCUGGGUUUGUUCAGUUUACUCAGUUGGUGAAGGAACUUCCAAUAAAGCAGUUGGAAGUCAAUUCACCUGAUUAUGAAGCCUUGAAGAUGAGACCAAUUUACGGAAGCGCAAUUGUUGGACUUAACGACACAGAGUGUUUGAAAUUAAGAGGGUCGCUAUUUGAGUACUUUGAUGUGAUUUUACGUCUUGAUUCAUCCAGGUAUGAUGCAUUGUCACUCAAGAGCAAGGUCGCAUCGGUGAUACUCGAUGAAGACGUUAAAGAGAAGCAAGCAAUAUUGGACAGGUUUAGAGAGCUCACCAGCUUCGUUUUGUCUGAACUUGAGACAUUUUCGAACAUCCAUCCAAAUAAGCAAAUAUGUGCAGCAUUGUACCAUAUUUUGACAAACUUAUUAGACUUGUUGCCUUUGCCCAACUUUAUUGACUCAAUUGUUGACUUUUUGGAUGUUGAUAAGUUGAGUGAUACUGCUUCUAUUAAGGUUGCCAAAAACUAUGCUAUUUUGUCGGCAAACAAAUUUGAAGAAGAAAUCAGCUUCGAUACAUACACCAAGAUUGGCGAUUCCAUUAUCGAAAAGUUGCUUAGUGUAAUCGUCAAAGGUAUUCGUAAAAACGUUACUUCCGAAUUGCAACAGGCAUAUUUGAACACAUUUGCCGUGGUGACACGUAAAGUUGGUGCUGCCAAUACCGAUUUCGUCGUUGAUGACAUGUCCAAAUUCAUGUUGGACUCUUUGAGUGGUAUAACUACAGAUUGUGGUUUGUUGAGUUCUCAAUCGGAAGUCAUCGUUGCUGCCAUCAAUGCUAUUAUCAGCGUGGUUCAAAUUUUUGGAGUUAAAACUCUAGGAUUAUUUCCAAAAAUUGUCCCACCUGCUUUCAAAAUUUGGGAGUCGACUACCGAAACAGACAACAAAGGAUCCAAGUUGGUUCAAGAAUCGGUACUAUUAUUGCUUUCGAGUUAUAUUAAAAAAAUGCCAGCAUUUAUGGCUACAACGUUAGAUUCUAUCUUGACUACUACUUUGGAAAGUGACAUGACUGAAAACCUGGUCAAGUCGGCAGUGUUGAACUUGGUCAAUAGCCAGAUGGAAGCAGGAUUAGUAUUGAAAUCGUUGUGCAAUAUUUGGAUCAACAAGAAUUUUUACAAGACUAAUAACGCUGGUGAUAUCGGAUUGUAUUUGAGCACAUUGGAAUCUGCUAUUGAGAAAUUGGACAAGAAGGAAGCGACACAACAGGCGUCAAUGUUUUUCAAGUUGUUGGUGCAAUCUUUUGAGUUUAGAGAAUAUUGCAAUUCUGAAAAUGAAAAGUUUGAUCAAAACACCAUCGGACGCAUUGAAAGUUCAUUCUACUCAUGUGCUAUAUCACUUGUUAUGAAGCUUAAUGACAAAACCUUCCGUCCAUUGUUUGCCAACUUGGUUCGUUGGGCAACAACUGGUGAAGGGAGUACAUUGGAGAUCAAAUUCACCUCAAGAUUGUUGUCAUUCUACCGGUUUUUCAACAAAUUGCAAGAUCAAUUGAAAAGUAUCGUCACAUCUUAUUACUCUUAUUUGAUUGACACCACUUCAUCGGUGCUUGGUGAUUUUGCAAGUGGUACAAUGAAAGACACAAGUCUUCGUCGAAUUGUAUUGAUAUCAUUGACAUCUUCAUUCAAUUACGAUCAAGAUGAGUACUGGUCACAAGAAGGAAGAUUUGACAGUAUUGCUCAACCACUUUUGAAUCAAUUGAGUAACAUUGAAGAUUCCAUUGGCAAGUAUUUGGUUAAAGCAAUAAGCGCCCUUGUUUCUGACGUUUCUUCCAAUGAAUACAAUGAACGUAUCUUGGAGUCAUUGCUUAAGUUUAUUUCCUACGAUAAUGAGAAUAGCUCAAACACAAAGAUUUGGACGAUCCGUACCCUCAAGACAAUUUUCCAAAAGAUGGGAGAACUGUGGUUACCAUACUUGCCAACAUUGGUGCCGCACAUUGCUGAAUUAUUGGAAGACGAGGAUGAACACGUUGAAUUAGAAGUUAGAGAAGGAUUGGUCAGAGUUAUUGAAAAAGUAUUAGGGGAACCAUUGGACAAGUAUUUAAGUUAG